CUGGAAGAGAGGAGAGGUCGGUGCAGAUGAGAUGGUCAUGAUGUCAUGCGAGUGCUAUAUAAUAGUGUCUAUCUCUUCCAGUGGAGAUUUUUUACAUCCAGGUCUUCAAUUCAUUGUGAUUGAACCCUGCCCAGCUCCGAUUGAUCUUCACUCAUCCAUUCUGCCGAGCAAUCCCAACUUGCAGAUUCCUUGACAUAAGCCGCAUCAAAAUGCCCUCCAAAAGCAACAACAACAAUAACAACUACACCGACCCCGAGCUCCGCCAGGAGGUCAAAGAGGAGGUGCAACAAGGCGACAAGGGCGGGAAGCCCGGCCAAUGGUCCGCGCGGAAGGCCCAACUCACCGCCCAAGAAUACAAAUCCCGGGGCGGGGACUACACGACCUCGAAGGACGAGCAGUCGCAAUCCCAGCGGAGCCUGUCGCAGUGGGGCGCGGAGGACUGGGUGACCAAGGAAGGGUCGGGGACGGCCAAGACGGACGCGACCGCGGCGGACGGCGGGGCGCGGAAGCGGUAUCUGCCGCGCAAGGCGUGGGAGGAGAUGAGUGAGGGGGAGAAGGAGGCGACGGAGCGGAAGAAGGUGGAGGCAGGGGAGGGGGAGGGGAGGCAGUUUGUGGGGAAUACGGAGGGGGCGAAGAGGAAGAGGGGGGAGGUU